AUCCCUCAGGUGAGCUAUGCGUCAACGGCUCCGGAGCUCAGCGAUAAUAACCGGUACGACUUCUUCUCCCGGGUGGUUCCUCCGGACUCGUACCAGGCUCAGGCCAUGCUGGACGUCGUCCGAGCUCUGGGUUGGAACUACGUGUCCACGUUGGCAUCGGAGGGGAACUACGGAGAGAGCGGAGUGGACGCCUUCAUGCAGAUCUCCAGAGAGGCUGGUGGGGUGUGUAUCGCUCAGUCGGUGAAGAUUCCUCGUGAGGCGACGGCCGGAGAGUUUGAUAAGAUCAUAAAACGUCUGAUGGAGACGAGUAACGCCAGAGGAGUGAUCAUCUUCGCCAACGAGGACGACAUAAAGCGUGUCCUUGAGGCGGCGAAGCACGCCAACCUGACUGGUCACUUCCUGUUUGUGGGGUCGGACAGCUGGGGAGCAAAAAGUUCACCAAUCACAGAGCUGGAGGACGUGGCUGAGGGAGCUGUGACCAUCCUGCCCAAACGGGCUUCUAUAGAUGGCUUCGAUCAGUACUUCAUGUCUCGUUCUCUGGAGAACAACCGCAGGAACAUUUGGUUUAAUGAGUUCUGGGAGGACGACUUUAGGUGUAAACUGACCCGGCCUGGAAUCAAACUGGACCCUGAGAGGAGGAAAUGUACAGGUGAGGAGAGGAUCGGUCAGGACUCAUCCUACGAGCAGGAGGGGAAGGUUCAGUUUGUGAUUGAUGCGGUUUACGCCGUCGCUUACGCUCUGCACAGCAUGCACCUGGAUCUGUGUCCCAGCAGCCCCGGAAUCUGCAGCGACAUGGACCCUGUGGAGGGACGGUUGCUGCUGGACUACAUCAGAGCCGUCAACUUCAACGGUAACAACACUCAGAGAGCUGCUAGAGAACCAGGUGUUGCUGUGUUUGGAGGGAGAGGAACUUCAUUUGCAUCACAGGGACGUUUGGGACAUGAGACUGAGGGUCACGUUCAAAGUUCUGGUCUCAAGGUCUAUGUCUGUAAACAAGGAAGGCGGUGA